AUGACCAGGAGUUACACGCUGAGCCAGCCAUACUUUGGCUUGAAGGGAGGAUGGUUGACGUUCUGGGUUACUGUUGCAUGUGCAACAGAUAUGAUGCUUUUUGGCUAUGACCAGGGUGUUUUCGCCGGUGUCAUCGUCACCAAGGACUUUUUGAACGUACACGGCCUCAACAAUAACGAAAGCCUCAUCGGAACCGUCACCGCACUAUAUGAUGUCGGUUGCUUCUUCGGGGCAAUCGGUGCCAUGUGGCUUGGUGAAAGACUAGGUCGGAAGAAGUCUAUCCUCACAGGAACCUCGAUCAUGACCAUCGGCGCGAUCUUGCAAAUUGCCUCGUACAGCGUCCCUCAGAUGAUUGUUGGUCGGGUCGUUGCUGGAAUCGGGAACGGUAUCAACACCUCCACAGCACCUGUCUGGCAGGGCGAGACUUCCCAGAUCAAGUGGCGAGGAAAGUUGGUGAUUAUUGAACUGGUCAUGAACGUUGCUGGCUAUUCGUUAUCCAACUGGAUGACAUUUGCCUUUUCAUUUGUUCCUGGGCCAGCGUCGUGGCGAUUCCCUCUUGCGUUCCAAAUUGUGUUCAUUAUCGUCCUCUAUGCGACUGUCCCGUGGCUCCCCGAGUCACCUCGAUGGCUGAUCAGCUGUGACCGUGACCAAGCAAACGAGGCUCAACAGAUCAUCGCCGACCUGGAAGGCAAAGACAUCAACGACCCCUACAUUAUUACAGCCUACUCCGAGAUCAUUGCCACCGUCGAGUAUGAAAGAGCACACGACGUCUCCUGGGGCCAGCUGCUCCGCGGCAAGACAGGCGAGAACAACGGUGAUACCCAGCCACUCCGCCGUAUGAUCCUGGGUGCUGGCGCCCAGGCAAUGCAACAAUUAGCCGGUAUCAACGUAACGUCCUAUUACCUCCCCACCGUCCUGAUGCAAUCUGUCGGACUAUCUGAGAUGCUCGCCCGUCUGCUGGCAGCAUGUAAUUCGGUUUCCUAUCUCCUGGCAAGUAUGGUGGCCAUUCCCAAGAUUGAGCACUGGGGUCGACGCUCGAUACUUAUGUUUGCCGCCUUGGGCCAGGGGACGUGCUACCUACUGAUUACUGUUCUCCUCCGGUUCAAUGAAAAAGAAAACUACCCACACCACAGGGAGGUGGCGUCUGCUGCAGUGGCUUUCUUUUUUGCUUACUAUGUUUUCUUCGGCUGCAGCUACCAGGGUAUCGGAUGGUUGCUUCCCGUCGAGCUGAACUCCCUCAGCAUGCGUACCAAAGGCGCAGCCCUGGGUACCGCAACGAACUGGGCAACAAAUUUCAUGGUUGUCGAAGUCACCCCCGUCGGCAUCAAGAAUCUUGGAUGGAAGUUCUAUAUCAUUUGGACUGUUUUCAACUUUGCUUUCAUUCCCACAGUGUAUUUCUUCUACCCUGAGACGGCUAAUCGAUCUCUGGAGGAUAUUGACCGCUUCUUCCAUGAGAAUUCGAGUCUAUUUGUCAAUGGUAACCCCGAGGCUGUUAACAUUAAGCGGCCGGCCCGCUAUGUUGAAAUUGAGAAGGAGUUGGUCAACCAGAGUGCUACUGUUGCUAGUGCUAAGCAGGAGAUGAGCGGUUUGGAGGGACAGGCUGGGCAUGUUGAGGUUGUUUAA